AUGCUCUCAGAUCCUACGGCGUACACACUGGUAGCUCCUAAUGCAGGCUAUCGCCUCGAUAUGUCUACGCGAGAGCUGCGAACGAAUUUGCAGAGUCAGAAUGAUGAAGUUAAGAUCGAGACGCUCCGUGCCAUCAUCGUAUCGACCAUCAAUGGCGAGCCUCAUGCGUCUUUACUGAUGCCCAUCAUUCAAUACGUACUGCCAAGCAAGAAUAAGCAACUGAAAAAGAUGCUUCACUUUUACUGGGAAGUGUGUCCAAAGCUCGAUGGUGAAGGCAAACUGAAACAGGAGAUGAUUCUAGUGUGCAAUGCGAUUCGGAAUGACCUGCAGCACCCGAACGAAUACAUCCGUGGAUCAACACUACGCUUCUUGCAAAAGAUUAAAGAGCAAGAGAUUCUUGAGCCUCUCGUCCCUUCGGUACGCCAGUGCUUGGAUCAUCGUCACAGCUACGUGCGCAAGAAUGCCGUCAUGGCCAUUUGGACGAUAUAUGAACGUCACGAGCAUCUCAUUAGCGAUGCACCCGAGCUCAUCGAGUCUUUUUUGGCCGCUGAAUCUGAUGCCACGUGCAAGCGCAAUGCUCUCACGAUGCUUGUUCACACUGACACACCACGCGCCGUGGAAUAUGUGUCGAGUGUCAUGAACCAGGUGCCAGUAAUGGACGAGCUCAUGCAAAUGGCCGUCAUUGAGCUUAUACGCACAGAUGCCAAGAAAGGUAGCGAAAGAAUGACGGACUACAUUCAGAUCCUGUCCGAAUUACUGACGACUUCGAGCCAUGCUGUGAAGUUUGAAGCUGCCAUCACUUUGGCUGGCCUCGCCCACAACGUGCCUGCUGUCAAGGCCAUUGCAAGUGCGCUCAUUGACCUUUCAGUCCAAGAAAGCGACAAUAACGUAAAGCUGAUUGUAUUGGAUCGUCUGGAUGCGCUCCGCUUGCGUCAUGAGCAUGUGCUGGACCCGUUGGUGAUUGAUCUCCUUCGUGUUUUGUCGAGUCCUGACAUAGACGUGCGCAAAAAGGUACUGGAAAUGGCACUUGAUAUGCUCUCUGUGCGCACAGUUGAGGAGGUUGUGCUCGUGCUGCGCAAGGAACUCGCGAAGACGACGCAGGCACAGGAUGCCAGCACGCCGUAUCGUCAUUUACUCAUCAAGUCACUUCAUGCUUGCGCAGUGCGUUUCUCAGAAGUUGCCGGCGAUGUUAUGCUAGAGCUGAUGAAUUUCCUGAGCGACUCAGGAAGCACGAGUGCUGUGGAUGUAAUUGCGUUUGUGCGGGAGGUUGUUGAACGCUUCCCUGACAUGCGAGACGACAUCCUCGGUAAAUUAAUUCAGUCUUUCCCCGAGUUCCGCAACGGCAAGGUGUACCGUGGAGCGAUGUGGAUUGUGGGUGACUAUGCAACCUCUAUCUCUAAUGUGAAUGAUGCGAUGCAGCAAAUUCGCAAGGUGCUUGGUGAAAUCCCUAUUCUAGCUUCAGAAAAGCAGCAGAUGGAUCAGAGUGAGACGGCUGGAGCCAUGACAGACGACAAUGUGGCUAGCGCACCAAAACCCGUCUCCAUGACGCGUGUUCGUGCUGAUGGCACCUAUGCAACGGAGUCGGCCUUCACGACUGACACAACCACUGACAAGUCAAGUUUGUCGCGGAGCAAGCCGCCGCUGCGAAGCCUGAUUCUUUUUGGUGAUUAUUACACUGCAUCGGUGCUUUCCGCAACGCUUGUCAAGCUAGUACUUCGUUUCAUGAACGUUUCCUCAGACGAGGGCGCAAAAAAUAUGCUGCGUGCUGAGGCGAUGCUUAUUAUGACGUCGAUUUUGCGUGUUGCUCAGUCAAAGUAUGUGACUGCUCAAAUUGACGAAGAUUCGAAAGAGCGGAUCGUCACAUGCCUCCAGAUCUUGGGAAGCGCGACGCAGUCGUUCGAAGAGGCAGAAGCCGCCGCGCAGGUGUUCCUCGACGAGUCCCGCCGCGCCUAUGCCAGUAUGCUGACGCAUGAGCGCCAGCGUGUGUCGAAAUCGAACGAAACGCAAAAUCGCGCUCCUAUCCAGCAGCCACAUCAACAAUUGUUGUUCCGUCAGCUUGGCGGCCCUGAAACACUGGAUGACGAUAUUGAUUACGAGACAGAUCUGAACCGUGCCACCGGCAUGGGCACUGUGUCCAAGGACGACUUUAUUAGCAAGUUACAACGUGUGGUCCAGUUGACGGGCUUCUCGGAUCCUGUGUAUGCAGAGGCAUAUGUCGAUGUCCACCAGUUCGACAUCUUACUAGAUGUUCUCGUCGUAAAUCAGACCGAUGAGACAUUCCAAAACCUUAGUAUUGAACUGGCGACGCUCGGUGACCUCAAGCUUGUCGAGCGGCCCUCCUCGUACACAAUUGCUCCCUACAGCUUCCAAAGCAUCAAGGCCACAAUCAAGGUGUCUUCCACUGAGACAGGUGUGAUCUUUGGCAAUAUCGUCUAUGAGAAAGCAAGCGUGGGCUCGGGAAGCUCGAAGGACAGCUCCUACGUGGUGCUAAACGAAAUCCAUAUCGAUAUUAUGGACUAUAUUUCCCCAUCGUAUGUCUCAGAGACCGAGUUCCGCAGCAUGUGGACGGGCUUCGAAUGGGAGAACAAAGUCAAUGUAAAGACGGAUAUCUCCGAUGUGCGUCAGUAUCUUGAGCACAUCAUGAAGGCCACGAACAUGGCAUGUCUUACUCCGGAAGCAAGUCUCGCUGGUGAAUGUGGAUUCCUGAGUGCAAACUUGUCUGCCACAAGUCUCUUCGGCGAAGAUGCUCUUGCAAAUGUCAGCAUUGAGCGGUUGGACAAUGGCACAAUCCAAGGCCACGUCCGAAUUCGAUCCAAGACGCAAGGUAUUGCUUUGAGUCUUGGCGACAAACUAUCUAUGGGUACGCGUUGA